CUUUUGUAAUGAAUAAAGUGAAAUAAAGUAGUGUUAUACUUCGGCGGGGUGAAAAUUAAUCUACAAUGGGAAAAUUAAAUGUUACAAUGCUACGUUACUUGACACAUGAGGACUUUCGAGUGCUGACAGCGGUUGAAAUGGGGAUGAAGAAUCAUGAGCUUGUUCCAGGUUCUCUAACUGCUCAGAUUGCUAAUUUGAAACACGGUGGAGUGCACAAAUUAAUGAAGGAACUCUGCAAGCAUCGGUUACUCAGUUACGAACGAGGCAAACACUACGAUGGGUAUCGUUUGACAAAUGCAGGGUACGAUUACUUGGCACUAAAGGUUUUAGCCACACGAGGAACAGUAGUUUCUUUUGGCAAUCAAAUCGGAGUCGGUAAAGAGUCUAACAUUUACGUGGUUGCUGACCAAGAAGGAAAGCCUGUGUGCUUAAAAUUACACAGACUCGGUAGAACUUGUUUUCGCAAUAUCAAGGGCAAGAGAGAUUAUCACCAACACAGAAAAUCUAUGUCGUGGCUGUAUUUGUCCAGAAUAUCGGCUACAAGAGAAUUCGCAUACAUGAAAGCACUCAUGGAUCGAGGUUUUCCGGUGCCAAAACCUAUCGACUUCAAUAGACACUGCGUUGUCAUGGAACUGGUAGAAGGUGGACCUCUGUGCGGCGUGUACGAGGUUAAAGAUGUAGAAGCUCUAUACGACGAAUUAAUGGAUUUGAUCGUUAGACUCGGAAAUCACGGAGUGAUCCACGGUGAUUUCAACGAGUUCAACAUCAUGAUAACCGAAGAAGGGAAGCCCAUUAUCAUCGACUUCCCACAGAUGGUAUCUACCGAGCACAUAAAUGCCCAAACCUACUUCGACAGAGACGUCACAUGUAUUCGCGAUUUCUUUAAGCGUCGUUUCGGGUACGAGAGUGAGCUGUACCCAACCUUUGCAGACAUAUCUCGGGAGGAUUGCGUAGACGUCGAAGUCAAGGCCAGCGGACUUACCAGGCAGAUGGAAAAGGAUUUGUUGAUAGAAAUGGGAUUCGAGAAAGAAGAGGAUUUGUCCAAUGACGAGAACAAAGACAAAGAAUCCAAUGACGAAGAACCAACGGAGGAGGAGCUCAACGACCUGAGAAGUCGAUUUGACAGAAUCAUGGCAGCAGAUUUCAAGACAGAUCUUCCGGCAGAGUCGAGUAAACCGCCUCGCCCAGAAGAGGCGUUUAUCCCUCCGAGCACCGAUAACGUCUCCGAGGACGACUCCGAAUUCGUCGAGUGCUCAUCGGAACUUCCCGAGUCCCGAUUCGAGAGUGCCAGUAGAGUUCAGGGUGCCUUCAGCAUCCGCAGUAAUUCCACGAUACCACCUGACGUGAUCAAGAAGAGGACAAAGCAGACUUUGGAGAAACGUCGAGCGAAGGCCACUCCGAGGAGGGCUCUGGCCAAGGGAGAAGCUAGUGCAACGACCAGGAUUCGACGAGAAAACCUCGACACCGUGAAGCAGUCCAGUGGGAUUUGGGGAUGGGAAUAGUUUCUCUAAGAUAUCAGCCUUUCGCCUCGGACUACACUUGAAUCCGAGAUAAUAAACAUAGCAUAUAAGCCA